UCCCGACGGUAAGUUCUAUGUGAUGGUCCGCACUGGUCGACCUAUAUUAUGUCUGGGUUCCAUCAAGGUGGGGCGCCGGGCGUGUCACGUCUUGUCGGGGACGAGCAGAGUUCUUCAAGAGUCGGACGUCACUGCACCGGCGACUCUCGUACUUUACUUGUACAUAGCGGCAUGGCAAUUGUCUCUACAGAGUGGUGCCCCAAAGCCCGGACUAUCUAUCCACCUGCUGCAUAAGCUCACGCUGGGCACGGGUGCCGGAAUGGUCAUCCGCUCCGCUUGCCAUCGUCCUUACUCACACCGUCACUCCAGAUUCCAUUGUUAACCGCGAAGCUGAGGGUAUCGUCAGUGUAUUCCCGCACUCUUCAGCGUUGGCGGAGCGCAAUCCACGAACCGUCGAAACGUUUCAUCAUGACAUUGACUCUGCAUUCGAAAAUGAAGCUGCGGGACGGGAAAGAAAUACCCAUCAUGGGCUUCGGCACGUACGAAAUGGAUGGCAGGGAGGCCUACACUGCUGUGAAGCAUGCUUUGGAGGCCGGAUAUCGUCACAUCGACUCCGCGGAGUGGUACUACAACGAAGCUGAAUGUGGCCGGGCUAUCCGUGAUUUCUGCGCUGCCUCUGGCGUUCCUCGCUCUGAGGUCUUUUUCACUACGAAGUUGCAGAACAACUCCGGGUAUACAACCUCGAAAAGGACCAUUUCACGCUCCCUUCAAGAGAGCGGACUGGGAUACAUCGACUUGUACCUGAUGCACUCUGCCAUCGGCGGCCCGAAGAAGCGCGCGGAGAGUUGGAGGGCGAUUCUCGAAGCUAAGAAGGACGGGUUCGUCCGCAGCGUGGGUGUCAGCAACUUCGGCGUCAGACACUUGCAAGAGAUGGUGGAUGCAACCGUAGAACUCCCUGUGAUUAAUCAGGUCGACCUUCACCCUUUCAUGACCCGUACGGAUAUUGUGGCCAUGUGUAGGAAACACGACAUCGCAUUGGAGGUAAGCUGGGCACCCCUCGUACGCGGAUAUCGCUUCAAGCAUCCGUCGAUUGUCCGCCUGGCACAGAAAUAUGAAAAGGAGCCUGCGCAAUACUCUUGCGUUACUCUUUGCAGAAGGCACGCCUUUGAAGGAUACAUACCGUUACCUAAAUCUUCGUCCGCGCACCGGAUCAAGUCAAACCUGAAUGUCUAUGAUUUCGAGCUGACAUCGGAGGAAGUGGCUCACCUGGACAGCCUUGAUGAAAGGCUCGUGACGGACUGGGACCCAACGGACACGCCAUAG